AGAAAGGAGCGUGUAAUGACUCCAUUUACAGGCGUAGUUGUAGAGCCUGACAGCUGGGGAAAGGAAGAGAGGAGAGAAGGGGGCUGGUCUCUUUCUGUUUGCCGAACCUGUUUUCUAGACGGUGGCUAGGCCAUAAUGUGUGCAUUUCGCUUGAACUUUGUUUUAGCCACUGUUUCCUUUAAUGGGGUAGAAUUGUUUUUCCAUUGAAUCCAACAUAUGCUAAUUUUCUCUUUUUAAAUAUUAAUCAUGAAAUUCUUUUUCUAGAAAUUGACUAAUGGCUAUCUGACAGCGUACAUCAAACAUGUAUUUCAGAAAUUGGAAGAAGGCACUAGAAUCUUGUAUUAGAUAGAAACACUUCUGGGGACCCGUAGCCAACUGGGGCCUUCCCAUUGCUGCCAUCAAUGACAUGAAGAAGUCCCCAGAGAUUAUUAGUGGUCGGAUGACGUUUGCUCUCUGCUGUUAUUCUCUGACGUUCAUGAGAUUCGCCUACAAGGUCCAGCCCCGGAACUGGCUGCUGUUCGCGUGCCACGCGACCAACGAGGUGGCCCAGCUUAUCCAGGGAGGUCGGCUCAUCAGACACGAGAUGAGUAAAAAGGCCUCCGCGUAGCAGUGAACAGUGAGGGCCUGCUCUCUGGAGGGACAGCAUUGCCGCCGCCACUGCCACAUCCCAGGUUCCACCUCACAGAUAGCUCACCGCGGAAAAGCAGGCUGAGUGCCGUUCCUCCCAGCCAGGCUGUUUUUCUAGAAAGAGCUGAGAGUACUUAAACCAGCUCUCUGCUGCCUUACAGGUACUGAGUAUUUCACUUCUCUUCACAAAGAGUAGCUCAAAAAUAUGCAAGCAAUUUGAUAAUUCCCAAUGAUGGUUUUAGCUGCAGUAAUACAUAUAUUCUCUGUUAGAAUUUACUUAAUGAAAACUGAGGAGAACAAAAUUGGUCACUACUAGCACUUGGAAUUUUUGACUUUAAUGAUCAUGAGACAACCAAUAGCUCACCACAUACCUAAAAUCUUAUUCCCAGGGUUGGAAAAAGUUAUCUGUGUAUUUCCAUGCAGUGUGUAUAUUGAAAUGCUGUAACUUAAUGACAAUAAAUGAUUUAAGUAUUUGUAAA